ACGGCCUACCUCGCAAACACGACAAGCACAACUAAACAUGGCACCGGCAACGGCCAACGCUCUUCUAGUAACAAUGGCUCUCCUCCUUCUCGUGGUACUGCUUUACCGGAAGAACAGUGUCAAGACCAAGAAUAGGAAGCAGCGGCAACUGCCGCCGGGGCCGGCCACCUUGCCGGUCAUUGGCAGCAUUCACCAGAUGCUCAUGAACAAGCCGGUGUUCCGGUGGAUCCACCACCUGCUCGACGAGAUGGACACCGAGAUCCUGUGCCUCCGCUUGGGGCUGGUCCACGUGAUCACCGUGUCGUCGCCGGAGAUGGCCAGGGAGGUCCUGCGGACGAACGACGCCGUGCUCGCCUCGCGACCUGCGUCGUUCGCGGCUAAGUCCUUGAGCUUCGGGUACAAGAACACGAUCAUGUCGCCAGUCGGCGACCAGUGGAAGAAGAUGAGGCGGGUGCUCGCCUCCGAGGUCCUCUCUCCGUCCAUGGAGCGUCGGAUGCUUGGCCGGCGCGUCGAGGAGGCCGACCACCUCGUCAGCUACGUCUACAACCUAUGCAUCAAGAAGCCGCUCGGCUCUAUAGACGUGCGACACGUAGCCAGGCAUUUCUGUGGGAACAUCAUCAGAAGGCUCGUGUUUGGCAAGAGGAACUUCUUCCAGCCGACGGCUGACUCUGCCGUUGGUCCUGGCCGUUGCGAGGAGGCGCAAGUUGACGCGCUAUUCACAGCCUUGGACUACCUCGGCGCCUUCAGCAUCUCCGACUACUUCCCGGCGUUGGUCGGCCUCGAUGUUGACGGCCAUGGGGAGGUCGUGAAUGGCCUUAUGAGGACAUUCACUAGGUUGCAUGAUCCUAUCAUAGAGGAGAGGGUUGAAGAAUGGAGGGCCCUUAGAGAUGGUGGCAAGAAGAAAGAGGUUGGAGAUUUUCUGGACGUGCUGGUCUCUCUGGAGGAUGAAGAAGGUCAACCGUUGUUGACAGUUGAAGAGAUCAAAGCAGAAACACUUGAAAUAACACUAGCUACAGUGGAUAACCCAUCAAAUGCAGUCGAGUGGGCACUUGCUGAGAUGGUAAACAAUCCAGGUGUAAUGAAGAAAGCAAUCGAAGAGAUCGAUGAGGUCAUUGGCAAAGAAAGACUUGUUCAAGAAUCCGACAUUGGUAACCUCAACUACCUCAAGGCAUGCAUCCGAGAGGCGUUUCGCAUCCACCCGUAUCACCCUUUCAACCCACCGCAUGUAGCCAUUGUUGACACCACCAUCGCGGGUUAUCUCGUCCCGGAGGGUAGCCAUGUCAUGCUAAGCCGAAUUGGGCUCGGUCGGAACCCCAAAGUAUGGGACAAUCCGCUGGAGUUCCAACCGGAGCGGCAUUUGAGCAACGCCGAUGUGGUCCUGGCUGAGCCAGAGCUGCGGUUCAUCUCGUUCAGUGCUGGGAGACGAGGUUGCCCUGCAGUAUCUCUUGGCACCUCGAUUACUAUGAUGCUGUUCGCGAGGCUUCUGCAAGGGUUUACUUGGAGCAAACCACCCUGUGUUGAUAAGAUUGAGCUCCAGGAGUCAGCGACGAGCCUCACACUGUAUAAGCCAUUAGUUCUGCAGGCAAAACCACGCCUGUCGCUCCACCUGUAUGAGGGAAAGUAGGAUCUUCUCUUUACACCGUUUGUUCUGAGAUAUCAUAUGAGGACAUGACUGCAUAGCCUUUACCAAAAGAGACUUUUACCCAAACUUAGGUACAGUUAUUUUCUUUGUCGUUGCAAUUGAGGAAAAGCGAGUACAACCAUGCAUGGAGUGGGAACUAGCAAGGGGCAUAGGGAUUCAAAAACCCGCAAGAAUGGCAUAGCAUGUGGACCUGCAUGGAAAGUUGAAAUAACAUACUCUGUUAGAAAAAAAAAUAUGAUCUGGACAUUGACACAGUAAAGGUAACGUUGAUGAGUAAUUUUCA